ACGUCAGAGGGGCGAUGAUGAGCGGAGCAGCGCAGUGAGCGUCAGGAAGGAAGCUGAGGUGCCCUGAGCGGGGUUUGUGCGUCAGUUCUGAGGGAAGCAGCAGUGUGGGUAUGUUUCUGUUGGCGUUCCUGCCUGGAUAACAGAAUAUCUGGAAUCCUACAGCUGUUAGAAUAAACAAUUUAAGAAGACUUUCUGGUCACUGUAUAUACUUCUGGUCACAGACUGCUGAAGAGAUCAAGAGUAAACAGAGAUGGCAUUUGUGAAGAGUGGAUGGCUGCUUCGGCAAAGCACUAUUUUACGUCGUUGGAAGAAGAAUUGGUUUGACCUAUGGUCUGAUGGCCAUUUGCUAUUCUAUGACGAUCAGCAGCGGCAUGACAUAGAGGAUAAAGUCCACAUGCGAGUGCACUGCAUCAACAUCAGAGUGGGAAAUGAAUGCCGAGUAGAUUUCCAGCCCCCAGAGGGGAAGCCAAGAGACUGUUUGCUGCAGAUUGUUUGUCGAGAUGGGAAGACAAUCAACCUCUGUGCAGAGAGUGCAGAUGACUGCUUGGCAUGGAAAAUUGCUCUCCAGGAUGCUAGAACAAAUGCGGGCUAUGUUGGUUCUGAAGCGAUGUACGAUGAGACUGCAAUUUCCUCAGCUCCUCCCCCAUACACAGCGUACGCUACCCCAUCACCUGAGGUUUAUGGCUACGAGCAGUACAAUGGUGCAUAUCCCCCUCCUGGUCAUCAAGUCAUCUAUGCCUCUAAUGGACAAGCCUAUGCUGUUCCUUAUCAGUAUCCAUACCAAGGACCUUAUGGCCAGCCCCCUGCAAAUCAUGUCAUCAUUCGAGAACGUUACCGUGACAAUGAUGGAGACCUUGCACUGGGCAUGCUCGCUGGAGCAGCGACUGGAAUGGCCCUGGGAUCACUGUUCUGGGUCUUCUAGAUUCCCUGGGAUCUCUUGUCUUUGUAGCUCCAAAAAACCUUUAUUCUUCUCGUGCAAUAAUACAUUUUGCAAAGUACUGUUUACUGUAAAGGUUUUUAAUAAGACAAAUGCAGAAAUACCUUAUUUUUAGUAGUGACAUCUUAAUUAUAAUUAACCCACUUUUACCUAUCCCAAGGCAAAGGUUUAAAGGCACCAUUUAAUUGAAAUAUGGUUAAAGAUGCACUUCAGAAUUUCAAGAGAGCUUUUUUUAUGAAGCUUGGCUGUCUGACUGACAGAUUUAUAUUCUGCCCAUUGAUCAGUGAUCAACAUUAGUACCAAUGUACUGUUAUAAGCAAAGGGUUAAGGGCUGUCAUUUUGUCACCAGUCUUAAGAACAGACUGUUAACAUAAAGACUCCAGAACAAAUGGUUAUUUUUAAGCCUUGAAUGGUCUAGCAGCUGGACUAACUAACGUUAGCAUGUUACAGUGCAGUAGCAGCCAAGUGUAUCGAAGUCAGGUAUUCAGGGAAUUUAUGCUAUUGACUUCACAAAACACUCCUGAAGACAGACAGACACACGCAGGAUUCUAUUAAUUGUCACCCUAGGGUGAUCUCCAUUUUUCAGUAGCUGGCACUGAAUUUUCGUAAACUGAUGUGUAAAUGUGGAGGGUUAUUGCAAUACAUAGGCAGUGGAGUUAGCAUACCCACUUCCCAAACCCAUUUUACAAGACAAAAUCCUCACCAAGGAGAUCGGUACGGUGAGGAAAUACUCCUUAAUUCCUUCUCUAUAAGAAAUUUGAAUGAUUUCAGUACUUGUAAAGCGAGAGAAAAAUCUGUUACCAAUACAAACCUUUUCUUAACCUAGUCCACAAGCCUCUAAGCAGUUGGGUCUCAGAUUUUAAUAGCAAGGUAACGAGAUAGGAUGGGGAGAUUCUGGGAUCUGAGCAGAGGUUAUUUCCCAUGCCCAGUCACAAAUACAUUGGUAGGGAAGGGGCUGUUGUGUGCAAGGUCCUGCACCUGUGCUCGGCUUUUGUCACUGCUCUUUGUACCAUGUCCAGAGAAGAUCGCUGAUCAUUCAUCCUUGCAGUGCUGGACCUGGCAGUACCGCUAGGUGUGUGUUAAAAGGGUAAGCUGGAGUUGGUUUGAGGUGGGGACCAUGGAUGAAUAGGAAAAGGAGGAGCAGACAGAAAACAGAUUGAGAGAAAAAGAAAAUGAGAGAGAAACUCUAGUGGACCUUGUAUGCAGGCUAUGCCGUGUUUCAUGGUACGGACCAGUGUGUCACAGAUGAGAUGUAGAUCCGCUUUUCCUGUUGGUUACUUUACCAUCCCAUCAGUUGCCCAUAGCAAGGUCUUGCCUGGUGGUGAGUAUAUGGAUGCUGUGAUGUCUGGGGAGGUUGUGUGUAUAUAAAACCCAAUCUCUGACAGGGACCAUUAGCUCCCCAUUAAAGGAAUUCUCUUCCUGUCACGCUUCCUAUUUAAGAAACACCCCAAGGAACUGUUCCCUUCUUUGACUGGUUCACGACUGCUGAGUGGUUUCUCAUUCCUGACCAGUUGCAGAGUCCUGCUUUAUAAUAGAAACUGAGCUGUACUGGGCAUGGUGGAGGAACCAAUGAGCAGACAUGUACAUGCUUUCUUUUUGGGAAAAAGGCGUAGGGUGCCUAAGCUUUGAUCUUUGUAGAAAGUUGUCUUAUUUUUAUACUUCUGCUAUUUUUGAGCUUCCUAUAACGAUGCUGUCUUAAUAUUUUGAGCCUUUUGCCUCUUUAAGCUUUCAGUUGGAAGUCGAUUAAAAUCCUCAAGGUGUGGAAGCCAGAGUAUGUGAGGGAAGAUGAAAGUAGAUGGGAUCUAGCAGCCAUAUUAGUUUUUGAUGAGAAGGAAUAAAGUUGUCUUAACCCAGACAGACUACGCAGCUUUAGGUUAUGCUGUACAACCAAUAUGGGACUCUUCAAGACGGGAAAGUUUGGUUAACAGCCAGUGAGAGAGCAAAAUUUUUGUGACUGUUAGGGUCAGCUGUCAUAAAUGGACACAUUUUAAAAUCCACUGAAAAUAAAUGUUCUAAUGAGAGUGAUGAUACCUUGGACAUAUUGCUAAUUAUGGACCUGAACCAAAGCCUACUGGAGUAGUGUCCUUCGGUGAACUUCAGGGGGCUUUGGAACAGACUGUAUUUUACUAAUUCUGCCCUUAUGUGCAUGUAAUGGCUCCUAGUGAACUCAGCAGGCACUGCACAUGUUCAUCCAAGAAAGCGUGUUAUAAGAACAUGUGUUGUGCAGAAACAGCACCUGGCAUUUCAAAAGAGGAAUAAGCCUAUUAAAAAGAAUACAUUUCCCAGAAGGGAAACUGGCCCAUGCACUAAUCCAAAAUAUUUGAAAUGAAUCACUGAAUCCUCUCUAAGAGCCCAGUCCUGCCGUGUGUUCAGUAUCUUGAUGUUCAUGACAGAUGAGGGUGCUAUGCUCUUCCCAAGUAAAUGAAUAUUUGUUAAUAUUCCAAGACUUGAUGUUACAUGGAACUGGUUGUAUCACAGUAGUACAGAACCCUAUUUGGAGCUCUCCAAUCUGACUAGCUGUAUGGAACACCCAUAGAUCACAUAUUCCUGUGCUAUUUUGUGUGUAACAUGAAGAAAAUAAAAAUAGCUACAUAUAACUCCAACUUUUAUGUGUGUGGUUUGUUAGAUUGUAAUGGUGGUGAAAGCAAAGCACACAAUAGAUCAGUCUAGUAACUUAGCAUUCAUAUUUUUGCAGGGACUGUUGACCGCAGCAUGGGAGUUCUGUGUCUUGUGCUGAAAGCAUAAAAUUGUAUCUAAGUCCCUGAUUGUAGCAAUAAAAACCAUAAGGAAAAGGAACUUUUGCUGUUAGAAUUUUCAUGUGUACAGUUUAGUUAAAGUUUUUAAACUGUUUUUUUAAGACACUGAUUUCUUUCAUUAUGAGCUUUCAAAUAAAAAAGAAAGAUGAUCAAACUAAAAAAACCAGACAUUGCAGAGUAAUACCUUUAAAAGGAAAAUCCUUGAAGAAAAGCUGAAGGGUCCAAUUGGCUUCUAUUAUGGUAGACUGCUUUCAAACAAAAUCUUGGCAGCUGCUUGUACUAAUCAAUCUAAUAGCAUUUGUUUAUAGCUGUUAAGCACACAUAUUGAACUAUAUUGGAGCAUAUAAUCAAGAUAUUGGUUCCUUUGGUGCUGGGAAUCAGAACUUUAAAGGCUUCCUGUUUAUGAUGGAAGAUCCAGACAAAGUAACACUGAGCAGUUAAGCAGAGAUUUCAUGCUUCAGAUAGAGAAGGCUUUGGUGGAUAGCCACUCAACUUCCUCACAGUUAAUAAUGAGAUGGACCGUAUAUAGCAGCCCAUAAAUCCACUUCCCUGAAACACUGGCUUGCAUCUAAUUCGUCAGGAUUAAAGUAACAGCUUUAUUGUCUGGGUGGCUACAUGGCAAUGGGCUUUUCCUCCACCACCACCAACUCAGAUGUGCUGAGCAUUGUCAGUUUCCAUGGACCCUAACGGAAACUGCAGGAGCUUGGCACCUGUGAAAGUCUGCUCAUUCAUGAGCAACUUUGCUUUGUUUCAGAAAAGCUUAAUAGGACAGCAGCAGUGAUGAAGAUGAUCUAGUCUGACUUUGAAUUUUCAAAGCUGGCUGAAAACUUGGUCCUAAACAGACACUUCCUUCUGAAUCAUGGUAAAUCACUUAAGCACAUGCUGUGGUGAACCAGGGCCUGAUACUAGAUCUAUGUAGAUCUAUUGGAGCUAUACAGGUGCUACCGUUUCAUUGACUUUUUUCCAAGUAAGAUACUACGUUAGGGUGGCAGAAUUGGGUCCAUAGUGACGAAUGUAUGUUCAGCUUAAACUAAAACAUUCGCAGAGACCUUGAGCCGAUUGUCAAAUGUGACUUGUGAUUUCUUUGUUUUGGUUUUUGGGGCAGUGCCCAACUUGAGAAACAUAAGAGGCCUGAUUCUGAGGGAAAGUGGAUAUUUGCCACUUUAAAAUCUCAAGUGGGGUUCCCAAAAUCACUAUUGAAAAUUUAGACCAUAGACAUUUUAUUAUAAUUUUUUUUUUUUUAAAAAAAGGUUCUGAAAGCCAGUGUGUCAGUGAGCUGCUAGAGGUGUAUGUGCCUGAGAGCUGGGGAUUAGAAUUAUUAUGGGAAGAGCAGUAGCAUUGUCUAGUUUUGUUUUGUUUUGUUUUUUGGGAAGACGCCAUUUCCUUUGUUGUGGGGUGUAUUCUAACCAGUGCCUAGCAGGAUCUAGUUUCCAAAACCAUGGCACAGAACGGUCAGCUUUUUGUUGGGUCUUCACUUCUAGCACCACCUAGCAAAGUUCAACAAGGAAGCAAAAAGGAAAUUUGACCAAUAUGUUUCUCAAGCAUGUGUCUGGUUUUCCCUUCUUCUUCUCUCUCUUCCCCCCUGCCCCCCCC